CAAUGAGGACGACUCUCGUUCGCCAUGUUGGGUCAAAGCAGCGCUUUGGUUCGAAUUGUUGUUCCAAGAGCAACGAGUUGAGUACAGAACGACAACUUUUACGGCAUCUGGGAUUUGAGUGAGCGGCCUCGUCGAGGCGUUCAGCGAGCGGGUGAUGGGGUGUGCACAGUUUGUCGGUUCUGAUGCCAGCCAGGCGAGGCCUCAGGGAAAGGGGCGCGGCAGCAGGAGGAGGGUCGCACCUCUCCCAGACGACCUUCGGGCAAGCGCUGCCGCCAAGCUGACUCUCAGUGCCAGGGAGCAGUUCGCCUCGGAGUACGAGCUGGGCAGCGCGCUUGGCAGGGGAGCUUUCGGGAUCGUGAUGUCCGCCCGCAAGAGAAGCUCCCAUACAAUGGACGCCGUCAAGAUCGUGGACUCGGAUGAAGGCCAGGACUGGAAGCGGGAGCUCGCCACGCAGGAGGUCGAGGUGUGGCGCGCCGUUGGCAGGCAUUCCAACGUCGCGGAGCUGCGCAGGGUGUUUUGUGACAGCCGCGUCGUUUUCAUGGUCAUGGAGAUGUGCGAGUUCACUGUUUCGGAGAAGGCUGACUCCGACCCAGAGCUCCUGCAGUCCAGACUCCCGCACCUCCUGCACCAGAUGCUCCUUGGUCUGGAAGCCUGCCACCGGGCUUCGGUGGCUCACCGUGAUAUCAAGCCGGACAAUUAUUUGAUCGGUCACGAUGAGAGCACGGUUAAGCUGUGCGACUUCAACAUGUCUGCCCUGCUGUCUCCCGGCCAAUCCCUGGUGGGAGAGUUUGGCACCGCGCCUUUCAUGUCCCCCGAGAUGCUGGUGGCGCGGCACAGCAUCGGCACGGACGUUUGGUCUUACGGCGUGAUGGUGUAUUUCAUGUUGUUCGGAGAGCUUCCUUACUUACCGCAGGAAACCACCUCGGACGCGGCGAAGGCGGCCAUCCGGGCGGGAGUGCCUGCGCCGAGGUACUUGAAAGUUACGCAUCGGAUUCGGGGCAGCGACAGCACGAGCUUCUGCAGGGACCUUCUGCAGCGCGAGCCGAGCCAGCGCUGCAGUGCAAGAGACGCCUUGGGCCAUCCUUACUUCAAUGCUGCAUUUGAUGCAAAGAAGCGCCCUACCAUGACCGGCACACAGGGUAUUCUGGGUUCGUUCGAGUCCGCCAUGCUGGAGUUGGCCGGCGAAAGCGAGUGCCCUUCGAGUUUCAGCGAGCUGGGUGACUGAGGCUAGCGAGGCGCGGGGCUUGUCUACCAGCGCCUGACGACAAGCCCUCACCGCCAUUGCCAGCAACCAGGGAGCAGCUUCGUACAGCUGUUCUUGCGCCUGGUGGUGGAUCGCGCUCAGUUUCUUUUCUAAGAAUGCAGCCUUCUUGUGGAAUAGCCGCAGCAAAGGGCCUCUCCUGCGCCAAUGCGUGCAGGUCAUGCGCCAGCUCGCAAUCGGGCCAAUCAGCAGCUCUCAGAUGGUGCGCCAAGUGACAGACUUUAUCACCGCCCUGGAAGAGCCCUUUCGGCAUGUGGAUCUGUGUCAUCCAGGCUAGGCCCAGAAUGGUCAUCAAGCUUUCCCACAGCUCAUUUGUUCGACAAGUUGUGUUUCGAAUCGCGCCCGUAGGCCCAGUGAUGGAUCGCAUUCAUGCCGUUUUGCCAGCAGGAGCCUUCUGGUCGAAUAAUUUGUUUGCGUCUGCGCCAACGCCUGUCGGUCAUGUACCAGGUUGCGCCUGGGUGGCAAAUGCGUCUCAUAUGGUAUGCCUCGCCUGCGACUUUGUCUCUGCCCUUAGUCCAGAGGAGUCGCAUAACUUUUACAAUAGCCCAAUUUAUCCCACGAGUUGCCACUCUUUUUCUGUGUCUCCAGGGGGGCCCAGGUGCCCCGGAGAAACGACGCUUGUCCAAUAUGCGAUUAUAGUCUGAACUGUGCCCACUCAUGUCAUUGCGGUCCCGUUGAACUUGGGGUCGGUGGAUUUGCCACUCCUUUUCUGCGUCUCCAGGGGAGCCCAAGUGCCCCGGAGAAACGACGACUGUCAAAAUUGUAAUUGCAACCUGAACUGUGCCCACUCAUGCCAUGACGGUCUCGUUGAACUUCGGAUUUUUCGAGUUCAUCCACCUGCCGUCACGCGGUGGGGACUGCCACGGGCCACAGGUCAUGGAAUCUUGCAGCACCUUAGACACACGCGUAGUGCAGUACCUCUUCCCGCCGCUGGACAGCUCGCCGUUCCUGUUGGCCGGCUGGCGUUCGUGCGAGCAUUGCAUUCCCGGAUAGUGGGUUGGUCAGUGUUCGUGCUUGCACCCGUGCGUAUUGUGUGUUUUCUGUUGACUUCGGAGUGUUUUGAAAGGCUUUUCCCUGUGUAGUGCAAGCAGCGCGCUCUGUUGAGGGACAGGCGCCCCGCCUGCCACCGACUCAGUGCCAGCUCUCUCCCCACUCGGUCUUGACGGUCUGGGAGAGCGGUCUUACAGACAAAUAUCGC